GGUGUUUGUGAAUCUUUUGGCAACACGUUUUGCAACGUCCCGUGCAAAGUGGUUCCUGGUGCAAGCGACGUAUUUUUCUGCGAAUGCCCAAAGAACACCUCGUACUUCGACGCGGCAGAAAAAGGCUGUCUGCCGAAGAUAUCUUGCAAGACCACGGAAUGUGCUAUAGGUCAUUGCAAACCGAUAGAUUCCAAGACAGUCGCCUGCUCCUGCGAUCACGUCUCCAACCUUACUAGAGAAUGUGAAGUGGAGCCAAGCUUUCGGGAAGACUGUGAAAAGAAAGGAGGUCGAGCCAGAGUGCCUGAAAAGUGGCAGCAAGGACCCAUAUGCGACUGCGGCGAUUGGGCGGCCAUGGAUGAAGCGGCGGGGAAAUGCGUUCCCACUACUUGCUUGCAUCCGGGAAUCAGCUGCUCUCACCUCUGCAAUAAAGGUUUGCUUGGCAGAGACUCGCGUUGUUGCAAAGGUUGGGACCCGAAAGACUGCUCAAAGGUUCCUCCAGAACAGACAUUCUGUUCUCCUGGUACAACCUGGGACGACGAUGACGGGUGCAUUGAUGCGUGUACGUUACAUGAAGCAAGGCUGCUCUGUCCACACGGGUGCCGGAGACCCAGUGAAGGGCAGAAACCCUACGAGUGCAUCUGCAAGGAGGGAAGUGUUUUAUCCGACGAUGGAGUCACGUGCGAAGAGAUUUCUCAAGUUCGCUCUUGCAACGACACGGAAAAGCAAUUGUGCCGAUCAGACCAGUCGUGCUCCGUGAAAGGCACACGGGUUGUAUGCAAAUGCACAGAAAACGAGCAGCUCGUCGACGAUGUCUGCACUAGUAAGAGUCCACUUGUAACGGCUCAGCCGAACAGUAUUGGAGUAUAAACAAACAUUUGUGGUGGAACAGACUGGCCCAUAUUUAGAAUCGAAGGGAAAGUUGAAAAUUUUUCACUAUCCCAGAAAUAAAAUUUG